GAGGAGUAUUUAUCAUUGUUUAAGACUCUAAAGCAUCUAAGUUUUUCUCCCUCCCUCUCUCCCUCUUUCCUCCUUCCUUCCUUUUAUUUUCUCUCUCCCUCCUUCCCUCCCUUCUCUUCUACCCACCCACGUUUUCCUUUCUCUCUCCCUCUCCGUUCCUCUCUUCGCCCCAUCCACCACCUAUUUUUUUCUCUCUCUCCUUUUCUCCUUUCUCCCUUCCUCUCUUCGUUUUACAAUCACCUCUCUCUCUCUCUCAAUCUCUCUUCUUCCACCUCAAACACCUUUUCUUCUCUAUCUCUCUUCGCCCCACCAACCACCUCUUUUCUCUCCUUUCAUAUCGUCCCCCCUCCCUUCCUCCACCUUACCCACCAUCUCCUCUCCCCCGCAGCCUUCCUCAGCUUCACCCCCGACCACUGGUGCCGCGUGGAAGGCCUGGCGCAGCUGGAAGAGGCGGCGGCGGCGGGCGGUGGCGGGAAGACAGAGGAGAGCCAAAAUAACCGCACCCUCUCUGGCUUCGACUGGAGGAACUACUCUAUACCCUGGCAGAACGAGUGGGACGGUUUCGAGAGCUGUGAAUACUACGACUACAACUAUACGUCUCUUAUCGCGGCGCUGCAGGGCGGGGAGGCAGCCAGCGUGGACCUGCCCGCCCCGCCGCCCCCCGACACCCCCACGGCCUCCUGCGACGCGUGGGUGUUUGACAAGUCCAUCUUCGAGUCCACCCUUGUGUCCGAGUUCUCCCUGGUGUGUGAUCGGCUCUGGAUGAUGUCUACCGUUCAGGCCUCGUACAUGAUCGGCCUCCUCUUCGGCUCCCUGAUCAUGGGACAGCUCUCCGACAGGUUCGGGCGCAGGACCAUGUGUGUUCUAUGCGCAGUGUCCGUCACAGUGGUGGGCAUCUGCGCAUCCUUCGUCGAGACCUACAUGCAGUUCCUCGCGCUGCGCUUCAUCAUCGCCUUCCUCUGCGCGGGGCUGAUGGUCAUUAGCUUCGUCCUGGUGAUGGAGGUUGUGAAGCCCGAAGCGCGCACCAUGACCGGAAUGAUGUACGCGGGCUUCUUCGGUCUGGGCAUCACCAUCCUGCCGGGCCUCGCCUACCUCAUCCGGAGCUGGAGGAACCUGGAACUGACCAUCGGCAUCCUCUCUUCGGUGCUCAUCUCCUAUUACUGGAUUCUCCCGGAGUCACCCCGUUGGUUAGCGUCCCAGCGGCGGCACCAGGAGGCCCUCAAGAUCCUGAAGGAGAUAGCGAAGACGAACGGGAAGACUCUACCGCCUGACCUCGAAGUUCUGAGUCUCAUCUCGCGCGUCCAUGACAAGCAGGAGAAGGAGGCGGCGGUCGAGGCAGGCGGCGAGGACAAGGGGAAGGAGUCACGUCUGGCGCGCUGGUCCCGGGCGGUGGCGGGGACGUUCAGUGAUCAGGUGACGCUGGUUCGUACCCCGAUCAUGCGCCGCCGCUGCCUCAUCUCGUUCUUCCUGUGGUUCGUGGCCGCCAGCGUGUACUACGGGCUCAUCUUCUCCGGUGCCAACAUCAAGGCCGACCCCUUCCUCAUGAUCUUCUCGUCCGGCAUGGUUGAGUUACCCUCCGCUGUCGUCUUCAUCUACCCCCUUGACAAGUACGGCCGACGACCCACCAUGUCCGGACUCUUCGUGGCCUGCGGGUUGUGCUUGCUGGCCAUCCUUGCCGUACCCCGAGACCUCAUCUACGUGAACCUCUUCCUGGUGAACCUCGGCAAGUUCUUCACGACGGCCGUGUUCCAGCUGCAGUACCUCUUCAUGGUGGAGCUCAUGCCCACCAACGUACGCAAUGUGGCGGUGGGCACGUGCUCCAUGAUCGCCCGAAUCGGCUGCGUCAUCACCCCCUACAUCGUCACCCACCUGGGUGAGGUCCACUACGCCCUUCCCUUCAUCCUCUUCGGCGUCACCUCCGUGGGCGCCGGUAUCCUCACCCUCCUGCUGCCGGAGACCAACCGCACACUCCUCCCAGAGACCGUGGCCGAGGUUGAAGCCAAAUCCAAGUAAAAGGACGCGACGAAGAAGGAGUGAGACUGAAGAGAUCUGGAGAGCGUGUGACGAGAAAAUAAGGGAAGAGAAGGAAGAGGGAAAGGAUGUGUAAAUAAGAGGUAUGUCAGGUUGUAUUAGGCUAGUAGUUGUAUGUAAUUAUCCCCUUGUAGCUGUAGAAGGUUCUUGUAGUGUAGUGGAGACGGAAAACGAGUAACACUGAAGAGAUCUGGAGGGUGUGUAACGUGAAGUGUUAAGGAAGAGGUAUGUCAAAUUUGAUUAGGUUAGUCGUAGUAGGUAAUGAGGGCUUUGUACUUGUAGAAGGCUCUUGUAGUGGAGAGUUGUUGUAGAGGCGCCAGUUUUGAUAUGUGAGGUUUGGUAUAGAUAUGUUAGGAGAAAAACAAGCUGUAGAAGAUGUAGGUCAGCGGAGGUUAGACUUAUCUUAGUUACUUGUGAUCAUGUAAUUGUAGUAUAUUGUUGUGGAAGACCUUGGAUGUCGUGGAUUGGCUAUUUGAAACCUAAUAGCGGCAAGUGGCUGCAGCAAAGGGGAAGGAUGAGGAAGGAAAAGAAAGAAUACAAGAAGUGGGCCGGAACUGAGUACGUUUGUCUUUGUAUAAGUCUUUGUAGGUGUAGAAUAUUGUACUGAAAAUCAUUUGUGGUCGUAGAAGCAGUAAUAGUAGUACAGUAGUAACAAUAGUAGCGGAAUCAGUGGCAGCAGAAGUAACAGUAGUAGUAGUAGUAGUAGUAGUAGUAGUAGUAGUAAUGGUUGUAGCAGUAAUAACAGUAGCAAAAGUAAUAGUAGUUGUAAUAGUAUUCGACUGGCCAUCCGAGAUCCAUUAUCGAUUUCAGGCUAAGUUAAGAUGCAGUCGCUCACAGGUGC